GCAGCCCGCGACUGCGAGCGCCCUCGGCACGGCCCUUCGGCAGUGGGAGCCGCCUCCCGGGUGCUGCUCUCUGGGAGCGGGCGGCUGGCCGGGCUAGGCAUGGCGGGUCGCCGGGGACCGGGGGAGAAGCGCUGGCAGCUGGUGCGCUGGUACGUGCAGGAAGGGCGGUUCCGAGUGGAGGAGAGGACGCUGACCGCCUUCCAGUGGCUCUACAGCCCACAGCAGCACCGCAUCCUCAGCCGUGCUGACCUUGAGUCUCCCUCCAGGAUCGACAAGACCAUGCUGGCGAGCCUGAAGGUCAAGAAGCAGGAGCUGGCCAACAGCUCGGAUGUGGCCCUCCCGGACCGGCCGCUGUCUCCUCCUCUCACUGCCCCCCCCACCAUGAAGUCGGCAGAGUUCUUCGAGAUGUUGGAGAAAAUGCAGGGGAUCAAGCUCGAAGAGCAGAAGCCAGGACCCCAGAAGAAUAAGGAUGACUAUAUCCCGUACCCCAGCAUCGAUGAGGUCGUGGAGAAAGGAGGCCCGUACCCCCUGAUUGUCCUGCCCCAGUUUGGGGGCUAUUGGAUCGAGGACCCGGAGAACGUGGGCACGCCGACCUCCCUGGGCAGCAGCGUCUGUGAGGAGGAGGAAGAGGACAGCCUCAGCCCUAGCACAUUCGGCUACAAGUUGGAGUGCAAGGCCGAGGCCAGGGCUUACCGCAGGCACUUCCUAGGGAAGGACCAUCUCAACUUUUACUGUACGGCCAGCAGUCUGGGAAACUUGCUUCUGUCCAUCAAGUGUGAGGAGGCUGAGGGCAUCGAGUACCUUCGGAUCAUUCUCAGGUCCAAGCUGAAGACGGUGCACGAGCGGAUCCCUUUGGCCGGACUGAGCAAGCUGCCCAGUGUCCCUCAGAUUGCCAAGGCUUUCUGUGACGACGCAGUGGGACUGAAGUUCAACCCCGUCCUGUAUCCCAAGGCGUCCCAAAUGAUCGUGUCCUACGAUGAGCAUGAUGUCAACAACACAUUCAAGUUCGGAGUCAUUUAUCAAAAAGCCAGGCAGACCCUGGAGGAGGAGCUGUUUGGGAACAAUGAGGAAAGCCCAGCAUUCAAGGAGUUCUUGGAUCUGCUGGGGGACACCAUCACACUGCAGGACUUCAAAGGCUUCCGAGGAGGCCUGGAUGUGAUCCAUGGGCAGACGGGGCUGGAAUCCGUGUACACAAUAUUCCGGGACAGGGAGAUCAUGUUUCACGUCUCCACAAAGCUGCCAUUUACGGAGGGAGAUGCCCAGCAGCUGCAGAGAAAGAGACACAUUGGGAAUGACAUCGUGGCCAUCAUCUUCCAAGAAGAAAACACACCGUUUGUCCCAGACAUGAUUGCCUCCAACUUCCUACAUGCUUACAUCGUAGUGCAGGCGGAGAGCCCAGGCCCUGAGACGCCAUCCUACAAGGUCUCUGUCACGGCGAGGGAAGACGUGCCCGCCUUCGGCCCACCGCUGCCCAACCCCCCCGUGUUCCGGAAGGGCCCGGAGUUCAGGGAGUUUCUGCUCACCAAGCUCACCAAUGCAGAGAACGCUUGCUGCAAGUCAGACAAGUUUGCAAAGCUGGAGGACCGGACGAGAGCCGCCCUCCUGGACAACCUUCACGAUGAGCUCCAUGCCCACACACAAGCCAUGCUGGGACUGGGCCCUGAAGAGGACAAGCUUGAAAAUGGGGGUCAUGGAGGAUUCCUGGAGUCUUUUAAGAGGGCCAUCCGCGUGCGCAGUCACUCCAUGGAGACCAUGGUGAGCAGCCAGAAGAAGCAGCACGGCGGGAGCAUCCCUGGCAGCCUCAGCGGGGGCAUCUCCCACAACAGCGUGGAGGUCACCAAGGCUACCUUCUCACCUCCAGUGGCGGUGGCAACAGCGAAGAACCAGUCUCGGAGCCCCAUCAAGCGGCGGUCGGGCCUCUUCCCCCGUCUGCACACAGGCUCUGAAGCCCAAGGGGACAGCCGGACACGCUGUGACAGUGCAUCCAGCAACCCUAAGACCCCGGACGGCGGGCAUUCUUCUCAGGAGAUAAAGUCCGAGACCUCGUCCAAUCCCAGCUCUCCAGAAAUCUGCCCCAACAAGGAGAAGCCCUUCAUCAAGCUGAAGGAGAAUGGCCGAGCCAACAUCUCCCGCUCCUCCUCCAGCACCAGCAGCUUCAGCAGCACGGCAGGGGAGGGCGAGGCCGUGGAGGAGUGUGACAGCGGGAGCAGCCAGCCUUCCACAACCUCACCUUUCAAGCAGGAGGUGUUUGUCUACAGCCCGUCCCCGAGCAGCGAGAGCCCCAGCCUGGGGGCAGCUGCCACCCCCAUCAUCAUGAACCGGAGUCCGACAGAUGCCAAAAGCAGAAACUCCCCAAGGUCAAACCUGAAAUUCCGCUUUGAUAAGCUCAGUCAUGCAAGCUCUAGUGUGGGUCACUAAUGUGAAAGAGGAGUCCUUCACCUGUCGAAGGGAAUCCCUGAUUCUGUCUCAGAGAAGGCUCCUGUUCCAGCAGUUUGGGGGUGCCAUCCACUACUCUGACCAUCACAGCCGCUGUCCCACUGGCCACCUGUCCACCGGACUGGCUGUCUGUCCUGUGUUCCGACCCGACCAUUCCUCCCAAGACACCCUGCGAGCCCCCCCGCAUCUCUGGACGAGGCCUCGUUCCCCCCACCUCCCCCUGCUGCUGGCGCCCGCUGUCGUGUGUGUUCUGGUGACUUGUCAUCUCGUUCUGUGCAUGGAGGAAAGCGUUGGGCAAAGGUUGGGUCUGGCUUCCAGGACUCAGUCAGGGACCAGAGAGGCAGAGAGUGGGGAGGCGGGAAGCAGAGGCCGAGAGUAGGACGCCGCUCCGGGGGAGGCAGGGCCAGAGCGUGUUCUGUCACAGAGCCAGAACAGCCCAUGCGUGGAGGGUGGCCGAGGUGCGGGGGCGUUGCCAGGAGCCAGGGUGUGCAGCUGUCCUUGAGGAAAAUGGCUCUCUUGCCCCUCUUGUCUGUGGCGCUCCAAACACCUGUUGCUUCUGUGCUGGAAUGUCUUCUCUGCCUGCUGACCUGGCUCCGGGGCUGCCUGCGUCCCUGCUGCCGCGUCCUCUGGCUGUCACCGCCCGUGGGGGCAGACAGAGCUGGGUGUGUGUGGGGGGGGCAGGUGCCAGGCUCUUUCUGAUGGUAGCUGCAGCUUUUUGUCCCACCGUAUGUCGCAUGGGCUCCUUUUGUGGCUGCUGCGAUAGAGGCCCGUGCGAUAGAGGACCUGCUCCUCCGUGUGCAGGUCUUUUUCCCACAGAGGGGUGGACGUUCAGGGUGAGAGGAAUCCAGGGAGCACAAGCUGGCAGGCCCCAGGACCUUGGCCGAGGAAAACCUCACGGCUGGGGGCUAGCCGGAGUCCAGGUCCCAGCUGGAGGUGGGGUUCAUGGGAGACAUCAAAAGAGACUUGAGCUCUCCCCUUAGUGGGGCAGUCACGUGGGGCUGCCAGGUUUGGUCAGACAGAUGCAGGGCUGGCCGGUGUCCAGCAGUUUAAGUUCCUGGCACUUGUGGGGGCCCAGUGCUGCCAGGGGUCUCUUCCAGCUACUGUAUUCUUGGACCGUGGCCAAACGUUGACCCCCCAUCCUCUUCUUCCCCUGCGGGAAGUCCCUGUGGGACUCUGCAACUCCAGAGGUUCAGACACUGGGGUUCAGACACUGUAGCCUCUGUGCCCUCAGCCGGAGCCCCAUCGGUGGGAUGGGCCAGUGGGGUCUCUGAGGAGCCACAGCCCUCCCACUUGUCAGCACCCUGAGUCUGCAGGGUGACAGGGUGAGGCUGCUUCUGCCCAGUGGGGCUUAAGGUAGGGGUUCUCCAAAUAAACAGGCUGAAGAGCAGAUUCCGGGAGCUGUGCAGCUUUAGGCGCACAUGGGGCCUGGUGACACCAGGCUGCCGGGGGUGCUGGCUGGGCUCCUGCUUUAAUGAGCAGCUGACAAGGAUUUCCAACCAAAUGCUUUCCUUGCGUGGGGAGCUGGGCCUGGUCCCAAGUGACGGCAUCUAAAUGUUAGACUUUUUUUUUUCCUUACUGAGGUGGCAGUUUCUCCAUUGCUUUUACCAUUAGAGAGAAACCUUGAUCCUUCAUCCCCUCCUUAUGAUGACUCUGUGGGGUCCUCUUUGCAGGCCUGGAGGACCUUUACCCUCACAGCAUUUAGGAAGUGUGUUAAUUCAAAAGUACUAGUCCAGUAAAAUUUAUCCUAGUUAGAAGGUCAACAAAAUGUCUGUUAAGCUUUUAUUCAGACUACGGUGGCACCACCCACUGGAAUGAGGCCCAUGGAUUCUGGCAGGGAGGGUUCUGUUGGCUGCAUUUCUGAAGGAACUGGAAAGGUCAAGCUGCAUUCUCUAAAAGCCAUUCCAUGGUUCUGGCUCGCUUCCCUGGUAGCUGGUGUGGACGGUGCCUGGUGGAGGUGCUAUGUUGUGUCAUGGUAGGGUGUGCUCUGGGGUUUUCAGGUUGCCCCACUUACUCACCUUCCCCCACUCUGCCAGUUCUCCCCACAGCCCCCACAUGCUGGGAGUGGCCAGGAUCGUUGGCUGUGUCCAGAGACACUGAGGCACAGACAUGGCCCCUAAGGGCACAGCCCCAGAAGUGGUCUCCACUCUCUGGACAGUAGUAGCCGAAAUGAAUCUCCCUCUGGGUCCUUCCUGUGUCACUAUGUCUAGAAAGUCCACCCCGUGGCUUCCAGUGGGCGUGGCCUGCCCCCCUGGGGUUGCAAGGCCAAGGGGAGGAGGGGAACAAGGACAGGACCGUCCCCCUUGCCGCUCUGGACCGCGGGGAGGCAGCUCGGUCCAAGGGGUUGCUUCGACCACCCUCCGCCUGCAUCAGCUCUGAGUCAAACUGCCUCUCCUUUUACUGCUGCUCCUAGUCUUGGGCUCAACGAUCUGCUGAAGCCUCACGGUCCCUGUGACUAGACAACCUGAUGGUGCUGUGCUGACUGGCACUUGCAGCUUGCCACUUGUGAGCUGCACCAGGAGCUGUGUGGCCGCAUCUUGGCUCUGGGAAGCGGCCGGCUCAUGAAAGGAAUGA